AUGCAGGCCCUUUGGUACACCGUGCUCGUGGGGAUGCUGCCAGCCCUCGUGGCCUUUCUGCUUCUGCGGCGCCUCGAGCCUUCGGUCAUCGGUCACGUGAGACGCUGGGUGAGGAAUGUGGCUCUUUGUUUGACUGCCAUCUCCUUGCUGGCACUUUGGAUCGGAGGCACUGAUGUGGUGGGGAUUUGGGGAUUGCAGCCGCUGGCGACCGCUGGCAUCAUGUCCUGGGCUCCGGUGGUCUAUUUGCAGUCCACCAUCCUGUGGAUUGUGGUGGUCUACAACCUCACGCACUUCAUCGGUUCCGUGGACCUCUCCGUGGAAAUGGAUCUGCCCUUCCCCUUGCAGGUGACCUAUUUGGUCCUGGUGACGCUGUGGUUCUCGUCCUUCCUCCGCGUCCUAUGCACCAGGCCUGGGAAACCGAAGGACUUUGAGUCCGAAAUGCUUUCCCCCAAGCCGCGGCCGAAUAAUCAGGUCUUUUGUGUGUUUUGCCAGUCGCAGAAACCUCAGCGGUGUCGGCAUUGCACCAAGUGCGGCGCCUGCGUCUUGCGCAUGGACCACCACUGCCCUUGGCUUCGGCAAUGCAUCGGCUUUGGGAAUUACAAAUACUUUGUCGCCUUCAUUACCUACUCCGCGGUAGCUUUACUCUUCAAGGCAGUGACUUUGAUGCUUUUUACUGUCAGAGCCUUCCAUGGAGAGAUCACCUUUUGGACCAAGCUUUGGUUAGUCUCCACCGCAGCUCAGCCCAUCCAUCUCCUCACAGCCUAUCCAUCUCCUCACAGCGGCAGCCUUGGUGAGGAAGCCUUGGUCAUAGCCUUAGCUGGCACGAUGACGGCCUUCGCAGCCUUCCACCUCUACUUGUGUGCCAUUGGAAUGACCACCAUCGAAUUCCUCACCAGGACCAAUCCACGGUCCGUCGAUCUCGACCACUCCACGGUGGACCUGAGGUUGUUCCCGGCCUGUCCACCAAGUGGAGAUGGCCGCACCUUCCCCCACAAGGUCCUGCCUCACGACGUCGACAAGCGCACAAAGGAGUCGCAACGUGCCUUGGCAAUCUCCGAGGAGACGGCGCUGAAGGAAAAGGAGGUGGAACGAAGCGAGGAUGAGAUCCAACGGCUGCAACAGCUCCACUCCCGCCAGUAUGACUUGCUGGUGCAACAUCUGCAGCGGCAAGUGGAGGAAGCCAAAUCUGCGUGGAAGUCGAGACGGCGGCACUUGGAAGCGUGCAAGCAAGAGGAGUAUGAGCUCCAUCAGAAGGUCGUGGCCAAAGAGCAACAGACCCAAGCCGUGAAGAGUGCUUUGGACAAGACCUGGCGACGGAUGGAAGAGAUGCAGCGCAGCGUCUCGGAGAAGCGCGCCACCUUGGAGGCGAGAGCCAACGGCGAUUGGUCCCGGGAUCUGGACGAUAGCGACGGAACGUGCCGACAGAUGGCGGAGGAGAUCAACAGACAUAUGCAGGUUCGACAAGAGGUGAGCUCUUAUCGAAGUCAGAUCCAAGCGGCGCUGGAGGCCUACCGCCAUGACUACCAGGCCUUUCGUGCGGGCCACCCAUUGGGUGCUCAUGGCGAGAUCGCGCAGGCAGUGGCGCCUCGCAGCAGUGCUUCCGCGCCGAUGCGGGGCGAGCGCGGGGGAUCAGGGGAGGCGUACUUCAGCGAGCCCGAGUGGGGCAUGCGCAGCUCCGAGGAGACGGCUGCAGAGGCCUUGGCGCUGCCCAACCACCCCGACCGACACGGGCACAGCGUCCCGGUCCCGCCGGUCGCGCCGGUCGCGCCGUCGCCGAACUUCUGGUGGUGGCUGAGCGACGAAACGCGGAGUCGCCCCGAUGAAGCGCAGCUGCCCAAGGUGCCCCGAAGUCAUCUGUUGGAGGUGGCGCGCGUUCCGCUGCGUUUGGAGAAGGUCUUGGCCUUCGGCUUUUUGUUGUGCUUCGACAUCCUCCUCCAUGAGCUUAGCUUCACGCCCCUCCAGGUGCUUUGUGCGCUCCUGCGCCAAGUCUUCCGGACCAACCGCGCGUCCCGACGUGCGGCACCGGCGGUGACGAUCACGGAGAAGUGUGAUUUGAUUCGUUUGAGUUUACUGCUUGCCAACGUGGCCUUGCAAUCGAUGUUCUUCAGUAACUCCUGGGUGUAUCACUACAUCCGUGGUGAAUCCUUUUUGAAGCUUUACGUCUUCUUCAACAUGUUGGAGCUCGCGGAGCGUUGGCUUCGCUCGGUGGGCGUCGAUCUCUUCGACCUCCUGGCGGCCCGAGCGACGGGGGCGUCGGGCGGAGCCGGUGCGGUGGAGCUGCUGCCACAGUACCUGCUGGUCUUGUCCUACUGCUUCAUCCAUUCGUCCAUGCACAUGCUCCGGGUGCUUCUGCUCACCGUGGCUAUCAAUACCUCUUCGAGCGCGGUCUUCCUCAUCAUCGUCACGAACAACUUCGCCGAGAUCAAGUCGACGGUCUUCAAGCGCUACGAGGUCAAGUCGCUGUUUCCGAUCAUCACCUCUGACAUGGUGGAACGAUUCUACUUGGCGCUGGACAUCCUCUUCGUCUUGCUGCGCCUGGCCACCUCGGACCGAAGAGGCUUGGCGUCUGCGGUGCAGAUCACCAGUUGGCUCCUGCUGCUGGUGGGUAUUGAGCUGGGUACAGACUGGGUGAAGUUCUGCUUGAUCAUGAAGUUCAGCGAGUUGCCAGUGUCGGUGCUCGAGAAUUACCAGCAGGUGCUCAUCGCCGACCUCUUGGUGUGUCGCAUGCCUCACACCGCACGAGACGCCAGACCGCCCAGCCUGCCCUGUAUGCCCUUCCGAGGCGUCCAAUCUUUCAGCCACGUGGUGGCGCGGCGAAUCGGCUUCAGCGGCUUGCCGCUCUCCACGCUGGUGCUGUCGCACCUGUUGCACGCGAACCUCGCCUGCCAGGGCCCAGGUGUCCUGCUGUACCUCUUGCUGGCACUGAUCCUCACACUGGCCAAGGUGCUUCUGUCAGUGCUCUUGCUGGGCUUGGCCGCACGCCGGCGGAACUCCAUCGCGCGGGGGCUGGAGCUCUUCGGGAAGAUCAAAGCGUUGUGA